UGCGGUCUGGUGGAAAAUCGACGUACACUGAUGGCACGUCAAAUAAAGCUUCGGCGAGAUCAGCAAAAACAACGAAAAGCUCUACUCAGUGCGGCCGCUGAUGUGAACAGCACCGCUGCUGCUAACACAGUCAGCAGCCCGUGGAAUUCAGGAAGUGAACAAGAACAGCCAUGCGUUUCAAAGAGCAGUGACUCGAAGACUGAGGAACCGUUACGAGUACCACCGCUACUACCAGUUAUCCAAAGGCCACAGCUUAUCGAUCCUCGACCACGGACCCCCGUGAUUGCUCAACCAACGCCGCUGCUACCCGCACCACUAUUUGUUCCACCAUUGGAUCUGCGUUUUAUGCCUUUGAAUUACCACCUAAUCAAUCCAAUGCCGUUCCAGUUUACGCCAGUCCUGCCGUACGCUUCAGCACUACCAUUCCUGUCCGCGCUAUAA